UGAUAACAUAGCACGUGGCACUGAGAGCUCAGCCCUUAGUGCGGAUGGAACCAUAGUUUCAUGUCAUUUCGUUAUCCAAUGGUCCCUAGCAAAAGACGUGCUGCUUUUCAAAACCAGGUGUAACAGAGAGACUAGCUAGUUCAGCGUAGAGUUUCUGUUUAAUUGGCUAGGCUACAGAGGAAUAGCAGCACGAAUCGCUUUCAUCAAACAGAUAUUCGUUAGAGCCCUUAGCAAUUUUGAAAACCUUAUUCUGUAGAUUUUUGUUUUAGCAAUCAGCAAGUCACGGUUCUGCUCUGUUUGUGUAUUUUGUUACGCUUGCCUAUGACUUUUUGACGUGUGACAUAAGACUCCCCGGUGUUGGAUCUGCUGUUCCACCGAAACUAUUCAACUGUCGCUGAUUAGUAACUGCAUUAAUUUUGGCAGCGGGUGGCAGUGUCUGGUCACAUGAUGUCACUGACAGUGAAUUUGAUUGGUCCGUCACCAUGGGGCUUCAGAAUAUACGGAGGAAGGGACUUUAAGAAGGCAAUAACUGUUUCCAAGGUCAACAAGGGCAGCAAGGCCGAGCUGGCUGCCCUGCAGCCGGGUGAUGUCAUCAUGGAGAUCAAUGGAGAGAACACAGUAGACAUGCUUAACGUGGAGGCCCAGAACAAGAUUAAAAACUCUAAGACUCAGCUACAGCUGCUGGUGGAGAGGCCUGAGCCCUCCAAACCUGAACAGACCAACGGAACCACCAGCCCAGAACAGCUCACUGGACGCUUCCAGGAGGCCUUGAUGGUGAGUCGAGAUGAGAAUCAGAAUUACAGAGAGUACUCCAUCUCCAGCCCAGCCUCCCUGUCACCUGGACCCUACUCCCCUGAGCCCCAUUCCAGCCCCGAGAGGAAGAGCGAGAGGCUCACACCCAGCAGCACCAAGAGUAUUCAGUUACGUCCGUGGUCUCCAGAAGAGAAGACGUCUAGUCACAGGCUUUCCAGACCAUUGUCACAGGAGUUCUUCUCUCCAGACUUCAGGAGUAACUCUGUGUCUAGUCGGACUCCCACCCCUCCAGGACGUAGUUCACCCCAUAGUCCCCUUGACCGCGAGCUGUCUGUCUCACCCAGACGCAGCAGUUCCAGCUCGGACUCUGUCAUGCAGAGGUUUGACCGGGAUUCAGAGGUCUACAAGAUGAUCCAGGAGAACAAAGAGUCUCGUACAGCCCCGAGGCAGUCCAACACCUUCCGCAUGUUGCAGGAGGUUCUUGAGGCCGAUGAGAAGGAAGCUGUCAUCCGGUUUCCAGGCCUCACUCCCAAACCCACCCCCCCCAAACCCGUAUCGCCCGUGGGUGGAGUCCCUAAGUUCCAUACCUGUGAGAAGUGUGGGACCAGCAUUGUCACCCAGGCCGUGCGCAUCAUGGACGAGCGCUUCCGCCACCCUGAAUGCUACACCUGUGCUACCCCAGACUGCGGUCUCAACCUGAAGAUGCGAGGUCACUUCUGGGUGGGAGACGAGAUGUUUUGCGAGAAGCAUGCCCGCGAGAAUUACCAUGGCAUGGGCGCUGCCCCCUCUGCCCCCAUCUCACCCCACCACUGAUCACACGCCCCCUCCCUGAGGGCUGGCACCCGCACCUAUUAUUGGCUCGAAAGCAAUAGACCAGGGGCUUGGGAACAGGAGUGUUUGUGCCAUUUCUAUUGCAUUUAACUAUACUCUGCAGUUUUAGCAUUUCAGUUACUUACCUUUCCUGUAAUUGUAUGGGGUCUAGAUGAAUAAUAAUAAUAAUCCCAGGCCCUCCCUGUUUAGUCUUCAUGGGGUUAUUGUUAGCUCUAAUGUACAGCUGUAUCUCAUUCAGACAACUAAGUAGGUGUGCCUGCCAAUCUUUUUCACAUCAGGACUGGCUUCCUGUUGGUGUAUGUGUCAGAUAAAUGACAGAGCGUGACAUUUAGCCCUUAAAACCUUUCAAAUCUUUCUGCUGACCCAUUUGAAGAGAAACCAACGUUUAAAUUGGUUUCAAUGAAAAGACAUUUGAAAGACCGAAGGCAAAUUACAAAUGGGGAAAUGCAAUCUAUGUCAGAGUUUGUGCUGUAGUUAUAGGAUUGCAUUUGUGUGUGCUUGCACGCAUGUACAGCGAUUCAACAAGUAUUCAGAGCAUUCCUUUUGACGUGAGGGUUUAAGUCCCUUUGUGGCUGCGAUGCCCCCCUCCCCUUACUGUCACUAUCGAAAGGUUUUAGUGGAUUCAGCUCUAGAAUUUCAGGCCGAGCCUGUUGGUUUCCUUUUGCCUUGUAGUGGCAAAUCAAUGUAGUUGGAAUGAUGACAUACUUAUUUACCUUCUAAUUGCUUAAUUGUGUUUUGUUGAAUAAGGGUUUAUAAAGAUACAUUAUAUAAAUAUACUUUUUUGUACAUUUUUUCUUUGAUGGAACAAUAUACAACUUUCGUGGCAUGGCUGAUGGCAGGUGUGCACAGGGUUGCAUGACUUACUAUGUACUACUUUGUGUGAAGAGGUUUGCUGAUGAUCUAACUGUGUGUAUAUACUCUGUAUAUAUAUAGAGUAUAUACACAUAUAUAAAUAUAUACACACACACAUAUAUAUGUGUGUGUGUGUGUGUGUGUGUGUGUGUGUGUGUGUGUGUGUAUAUACUGUAUGUAUGUAUGUUACUUAACAGCAGUACCCAGAGAGACACCAUUUUUUUUUCCUGUUACACUUAAUAAAGUGAAAAUAUAUAAGGAUUAUAGGGGAAAGGACAUGUUUGUUCACCAAUACAUUGUAUCAACCAAUAACUUAUGCUUUAAAAACUAUGUAAUGUUGAGUAAACCUCCUAGUUUCCCAGACAAACACAGUGGACCCAUUCUAAAGUUAGCAACAUAUGGUUUACUCACUUAGCCACCUCUGUGUCUCUAAUCAUUCCUGACCCAGUCAGGUUAGUUUGUUAUCACCUGGUUAUAAUGGAAACAGCAUUCAGAAUUUAUACUGAGUGCUUCAAAAUAAGUCUUCUGUUUUAUGUAACUUGGUGAUAAGCAGAAUUUUUUUUCUCGUGUUAUGCUUUGUAAGAAUAAAUGAUAUAUUUUCUCCUGA